UUCCUCCACACUCUUCUCACUUCUCUCUAUAAAUACCUCCUUCUAUUGCACUACUGAAGCAACGAAAAUCAUUCACAAAGAAGAAGAUAUCCACUUCCUGUGAUCGAGCUUUUCUUUCUAGUUUGUUUUAUUUUUCUAAUAAAUAGGAGUAAUAAUGGCUUGCACAAUUCUUGCAUCUUCUCCAUUAGCGUCCAAUGUCAGUGUUGGUGGAACCUCUAGGAUUAACAAAAAUGUAGCUGCACCUUGCUCUGUUUUCAUUCCUUCCAUGCGAAGGCGGACGACUAGGCUGGUAGCUCAGGCCACCGGAGAUAACAAAGAUACAUCAGUCGAUGUACACCACAGCAGCGCUCAAGGAGGAAACAACCAAGGCACUGCUGUCGAACGCCGUCCUACAAGGAUGGCUUUUGAUGUUUCCCCUUUUGGAGUGUUAGAUCCAAUGUCGCCGAUGAGAACAAUGAGGCAGAUGAUAGACACUAUGGACAGAUUAUUCGAGGAUACAAUGACAUUUCCAGGAAGAAACAGAGCAUCAGGAGCAGGGGAAAUACGCACUCCUUGGGACAUUCAUGAUGAUGAAAACGAAAUCAAGAUGCGUUUCGACAUGCCGGGGCUGUCCAAGGAAGAUGUAAAAGUAUCGGUAGAAAAUGACGUGCUUGUUAUUAAAGGCGAACACAAAAAGGAAGAAGGCGGAAAAGAUGAACACUCAUGGGGUAGGAAUUAUAGCUCUUAUGACACUCGUUUAAGUCUCCCGGAUAAUGUUGAGAAGGAUAAAAUCAAAGCGGAAUUGAAGAAUGGAGUUCUUUUCAUCUCGAUUCCUAAAACUAAAGUUGAGAAGGUGGUUGAUGUCCAAAUCAACUAAAAUUAACAACUCCCAAGCUUUUCUUGUUUUAGGUUCUUUUGUAACCUUGUGUAAAAUGUAUGUUGGAAUAUAAAUAUUAAAACAAGUAGUGCGUCUUUAACAA